AUGUUUCCUGCACUUUCCCAUUGUCCGAGAUGUUUGGCUCAUAAAAAUAUGGUUAGUGACCGAAUAAAUUGUGGUGUUUAUGUAUUUACACCCGAAAUCUUUACUGCAAUUCAAGGUGUUUCUGCACAACGAAAAGACAAAGCUAAUCUGAGACGUCAAUCCAGCUUUGACGCCAUACAGUCAACAACAAGAGGAGAAGUUUGGUUUCAAACCCCGGUUCGAACAGGAGUAUAUUAUGCUAUAGCAUGA